AAAUGAUAAUAUAGAUAUUAUUCAUUAGAACAUAUUGCUAUGAUUAUACAAUUUUACAAUUUUAUAUGUAAAAUAUAAAAUUAAAAUCAUUAUAAAUGCUGCUCUGACAGAUGUCCAAAGUAAUAGGCUAGACCUAUUUGUGACAUUCAUCUGUUGAACUGGUGAGAGGAGUAGGCCUACUGAAAUAAUAAUGGGGAAACAGAAAGGAAUAGAAUAGUCAUUACAUUAUAUGCUGUUAUCACACUGUUCCACAUAAAUCCUUUGGGAAUCUUGGUAUAAUUUUUGUAUGUUUAGUAAAAAACAGGAAUUUAAUGACAAUUACGUUAUACAGCAAUCAAGAAAAACAUCAUCUAAGAUACCACAUAUCAAGGCUUAAAUGAAUGUUUAAUGUUAAAAAAGAUUCUUAUAUUUAAAAAUGUUAUUUGUGGUACACAAGGUUUCCAGACAAAUAGGAUGUUUUAGACAGAAUUCCUCCAUCAGCUUUAUAUAUGAAUGAAUAUUUAUAGGGUGACCAUGCAUGUGACAAAAUAAUCUGAUAUAAAUCAAUCUCCUUACACUCACACCUACCCAACUACACUCCUAUUAAAUGUCUUUUUAGGCUUAUAAGUAUAAUACAACAGAAUUUAAACAGAAAUAUGACAGAAAUAUAGAUGUGAAAUGGCCAGAGUUUGUGUGGAAAUCUAGCAACUAGAAAACUGUUCCUUUUUAUAACUGUAUAUCCGUUUUCACUGACAUAUUUUCAGACCACUCGUUAAAAACAUCAGUGUGAUAAUAGGAACGUAAUCAGUACAGUUAGUGUUUCUACACGGACGUUACUUGAUGUAGUGCAGUUCAUCUAUUCAGAAAGUUUUAGCUUAGCUAGCAAACUAUAAUAUAAUGUGGAUCAAUUAUUUUAUAAGAUAUGAAAUAUUUGCUGGAUUCAGUUAAUGUUUAAGUGACAUGUAAUGUUCAUUUUCUUUUUUUUAAAAAAAAGAUUUGUUUUAAAAAUUGGUGAGGUUCUGGAUAAAGCUCACAUGGACUAUAUAACUACCUAGCUAGCGUUAGCUAUCUCUGCUAUCUAGAUAGAAUAAAUAAAUAACUAACCUUGCUAGCUAGCUAUCUCAGCUGACCGGUGAAGGUUGAACCAUGGCAUAGAGAUCAUAUUGGUGAGAUCUUUAUGCGAUGGCCGGCUUUUGUUUUCAGAUUGCGCGUGUAGUUUCAGUUGCAUAUUUUAAGCCUGGUUUGUCCUUGAGGUCUGACAUUUUAGAUCGAUAACUUUGAAAACAUGAACAUGGAUUAUGUUUGGGGAGACGUGCGUGCAUUGCUGCCUGUUACCGAGACAGAGUUUCCUCUUCUGUUCAGCGAGAUGGUUGAGCCAAGCACGCUGACCAUCUUAGAACUGGCCAGAAAGGAGCUGUACAGUGAGCUCGAGUCCUCCGCGUGUGCUGAUAGCGCUCAGGUCAUCAUCGACUAUUCCUGGGAGAAGAUCAACACGGGCACGUGGCGCGAUGUUGAAAAGGAGUGGAGGCGUGUUUACUCCUAUGGCUGCUUGUUUAAAGUCGUAGGGAUGUGUCAUGGAGACCCAUCUCAGGCCAAGAUCCAGGAAGCCAUAAGGACAUGCGACAUGGGGUUGCUAAUGGGCGCCUCCAUCUUGGAUAAUAUUCUGCAAAGGCUCGUUGGUGUUUUGAAAAAUAAAGUGAAGCAGGGGGUUCUCAGCAAAGUGGACAGUGAUCAGCCCUAUCCAAAAGUGAAGAAACUAAAGAAGAACUGCUUGCCUGAACCGAUAAUCAACACCAAACUGUCUGUGCCAAGAGUUCACCGCCCAGCUUUGGAAAGCUUCCGAUUAGGAUUUCUGUUACCCGAGAAGCCUGUAAUACUAGAAGGGGUCAUUGACCACUGGCCUGCCUUAAGAGAGCACCAUUGGAGCAUAGACUAUCUCAGAGCAGUGGCAGGCUGCCGGACUGUUCCUGUUGAGCUGGGGUCCAGGUACACUGAUGAAGACUGGUCACAGAAGCUGCUUACAGUGAAUGAAUUCAUAGACCACUAUAUUAUGGGCAAAGGAGUGGAUGGUAUGGGAUACCUAGCUCAGCAUCAACUGUUUGAUCAGGUGCCAGAGCUAAAAGAAGACAUUCGUAUCCCUGACUACUGUUGUCUUGGAGAGGGAGAUGACGAUGAUAUCAUGAUUAAUGCUUGGUUUGGGCCAGAACAGACUGUAUCUCCCUUGCAUCAGGAUCCCCAGCAAAACUUUCUGGCUCAGGUGAUUGGAAGAAAGUACAUCCGUCUUUAUAACCCUGAAGAAACUGAAAAUCUGUAUCCACACCAGUCUCAUCUACUGAGCAACACCAGUCAGGUUGAUGUCGAGAAUCCGGAUGUGGUGCAGUUCCCAGACUUUCUGAAAGCCUCUUACCAGGAGUGUGUUCUGCAGCCUGGUGACAUCCUCUUUAUCCCCAAACAGCACUGGCAUUACAUACGCUCCUUAGAGCUCAGCUUUUCUGUUAGUUUCUGGUGGUCCUAGUGAUACUCUUCUAGAGAAUGUUUCAAUAACAUGUUCAACUUUAUUAAAUCUUGUAAAUGUGUUUCUGCUGCACUGAAUUCUUCUGAUUUAUUUUCAAGUUUUCCCUGAUUUGGGGGGGUGGAGGCACACUCAGGGACACUAUAGAAUUGUUUUUCUCAUCAAAAUAAUUGAUCAAAACAGACUAAAAGCAUGCAUGCUCAUACAAAAAAUGAAGAGAAAAAUCCCGCUUGGCAAAAAAAAAAAAAAAAAAUCCUUUAGAAAUGCUUGCUCACAACUCAAAUACUCUUAAGUGCUGUAAUAAUACCCUAUGGGAAAA